AUGCAUAGUCAUAUCACGCAACAUCUGAAAGACCAAGCUACCUUGAGGCCAUGCUACAACGCAGCCACUCGGCACGAAUUUCUUACAGCUGCUGGUACGCUGACCCUAUCUCCAGCCCGUCUUGCGUUUUGGCUCUGUCAGGAUCGCAUUUAUGCGGCACACGCAUACCCACACUUUAUUGGUCUGCUCAUAUCAAAAAUUCCCUUCGAUGGACCUGCUGUUGAGGAGGAAUUGAACAGAGAGACUCUCGCCCUGCUGACGAUAUGCUUGGAGGGGAUUAUUCGCGAGGUUGCAUUCUUUGAAGGGGUCGCAGAGGAGUGGAAAUUGGAUAUCGAUGGGUGGAAAGAACGGAAGGCCACGCGAGAUUACACAGCUGAGAUGGCGAGGGUAGCUUCUGUUGGUUCGUUGGAAGAGGGACUCGUGUUUCUGUGGGCAAUGGAACAGGUAUAUCUCGAUGCAUGGAAAUAUGUAAAAUCCCUGUUCCCUCCCCAAAGUGACUCAGAAGACUAUACUGCAAAUGCGAUUCGCCAGCUAACAAACAACUGGACGAGACCGGAGUUUGGGGAAUUUGUCCAGAACGUGGAGGCUCUGGCAAACAGGCACUUUGCUAGACGUCACCAUGGGCAUUCGCACUCAGCUGUACGUGCGAUGGAGAGUAUUUGGGAGAGAGUUGUGGAACUUGAGGAGAAGUUUUGGCCCGAGGAGGGAGAGGACACCCUUUUGGGGUCAAACGCAUGA